AUGACUUUUCAACUACUAUUAUUAACAAUUAUUCUAUCUGAUUGUUGUACUAUAGAUUCAAUUGAUAAAAAGAUUAUAAGAGGUAAUUAUUAGGAUGUGCUGAAUUUUCGCUAAAUUAAUAUAAUUAGUAGAAAAAAUACCUAUUUUGAAGGUGGUUUAAUGAACUCUUAAUUAAAUCGAGAUGCCAUAUAUUAUAUUGAUGGUAAAACGGGCUUUACAUUUUGUCAUCUUUAUUAUUCAAUUGAAAUCCAAUUAUUAAAGAAAUAUGAAAUCAACACCAUAGUUGUUGAAAUUUUCGAUUAUUUCUCUUUCUUACACUAUAAUUUCUAAUUAUAUAUUUCCUAUUAAGGAAAGGAAAAACUGGUUUAUUAAACUACCUCAUUUGCAGGAAUAGUUAGAAUUAGAUUUGCAGAUCAAUUUGUUGAUAAAAUUAGGUUUUACAAUAGAGGAGGAAAUAAUGACAAUGAUUAUCUAUCCAUUAUAAAAGCAUAAGCAUUCUAUAAAUUAGAUCAUUGA